AUGAGGGCAAUCAGUAGCUUCGAGACAUCUUGCACGAUGAGAGUUCUGAUCUUGAUCGCUGCCUUCUUGGCUUCCGCAACCGCUGCGCCUUCUGGUGCCUUCUUCGGUCCGAUUGCACACAUCGCCUACUAUACGGUACCUAUUCCUGCUGCUGUACCCACAAUAUCACCAGGUGACUUACAAGCUGCAGCGAUAAAUGCAAAAGUUCAAGUUGAGCAGCAAGUUCAAGCUGCAGCCGACAAGGCAAGAGAAUUAGCUGAACAAGCAAUAGAAAAACAAAAUGAGGGUAUAAUUGAAGCCAAUGAUUUAGCAAAGGAGCAGGCCGAAGAGUCGUUCUGGGCAGCAGAAGAAAAGAAAUGGCAAGCUUUAGACGCUUUAAAAACCGCUGAAGCUCAGAUUGAUGGAUCUAUAGCGAGCAGAGCCAGUGAUGUCGCUUUAGCGGCGUAUAGCGUACCCACUACGGUUCAGGCUCAAACAGGACUUUCGGGACAGUCUGUUGUAGCGGCAGAAACAAAAAGCAUCGCCCCUGAAGGAGUCAAAGUAGAAGAACAAAAGGAAAAAGCUGAAGAAGAAGCAAUAGCCUCUGUCAAAUCUGUGCAAACCGAAAACAUACCUGAAAAUGCUGAAAAUCCAGUGGAGCAUGUUCAAACAGAAACAGCUAAAAUGGAGACACUGACGUCUGUGAAAACUGCAGAAGCAGUUAAAGAAGAAAAUACAGCUGCUGUCGUCUUAGCUCAAACUCACCCAGCCGAAAGCAAACCAGAAAAUGCUGAAAAAUCCGUGGAGAACAUUCCAACAGAAGGAGUUAAAAUGGAAUUAUCAGCGACAGUGGAAACUGCAGAAACUGUUAAAGAAGAAAAUCCAGCUGCUGUCUUCUUAGCUCAAACUCACCCAGCCGAGAGCAAACCAGAAAAUGCUGAAAAGUCCGUGGAGAACAUUCAAACAGAAGCAGCUAAAAUGGAAUCAUCAGCGACAGUGGAAACUGCAGAAACUGUUAAAGAAGAAAAUCCAGCUGCUGUCUUCUUAGCUCAAACUCACCCAGCCGAAAGCAAACCAGAAAAUCCUGAAAAGUCCGUGGAGAACAUUCAAACAGAAGCAGCUAAAAUGGAAUCAUCAGCGACAGUGGAAACUGCAGAAACUGUUAAAGGAGAAAAUCCAGCUGCUGUCUUCUUAGCUCAAACUCUCCCAGCCGAAAGCAAACCUGAAAAUGCUGAAAAGCCUGUGGAGAACGUUCAAGCUGAAGCAGCUAAAAUUGAAUCAUCAGCCUCAGUGAAAACUGCAGAAGCAGUUAAAGCAGAAAAUCCAGCUGCUGUCUUUUUAGCUCAAACUCACCCGGCACCUGUGGUGUCUAAUGCCUUCUUAGCACAACCCUGGCUGAAACAAGGCUUUGGACCAAUUUCCUACAUUCCUGGACUACAAAACUACGUUCCAAAUCUCGUUCCAAAUUAUAAUGGUCACUUGGCAAACCCAGUGUUUUUUAGAACUGCAUGGUAA